UGGUGAGCCAUACUCGUGGCGAGGCAGACGGCAGAUCUUGGGCAUGACUUCCAUCAGGGUCCUCACGUACUGCAGGAUGGUGCCUUGAAGCUGCAUCGGAGAGAACCGAAGACUUUUUCAGUGCAGUGUUGUGGCAUCUGCCCCCUCCCGACAAAUCUCUCUCUCUCUCUCUCUCUCUCUCUCUCUCUCUCUAAGCUUUUUCAGUGCAGUGUUGUGGCGUCUGCCCCCUCCCGACAAAUCUCUCUCUCUCUCUCUCUCUCUCUCUAAGCUUUUUCAGUGCAGUGUUGUGGAUGUGAGCUCUAGCAGAAGUCCUGAAACAUGCCAGUCAGAAGAAGCCACAGGUUAAAGUCUCCAAACACUUCAAGUAGGUUUCUGUCUGCAAAGCAACAGCGAGACGUUCUAUCAAUGAAGUGAUUCUUCUCAUCUGUCAAGAUAAAGCUGCCAUGACAGAGGGAGCCAGUCGUACUUAAUAACGUAAAAGAAAACAGAAAAUUAUGGAAAUAUUAUAACAAAAGCUCAACCAACUAUUGCAAGACAAAUUAGACAGAAAAGCAAUGCAAGUCAGUACAGACUAAUGCAAAAGAUCUUUCAAUACUGCUGCAUGUCAUCUCCAAGCGGCCUUUACCCUCAAACAGUCUGUGCAUGAGGGAACGAGUCCUCUAAACAACCCCAACAUGACUAUCACCGUUCAGAACAUCACGGCCACCUCUGCCGUCGUCAACUGGCCCUCUUCUCCAGGCUGUGUAGACACGUUCUACAGCGUCAUGUAUCAUCCCAACUGGAACAGCCUUCUGAUGGGUUACACGCGCAAGAGCUUCCUUCGCGAGGACAGGAUUCCCGUCAGCCAGACGUCUACCAGCCUGGGCAACCUGAAUCCGCAGACCACUUACAUCCUCUGUGUCACCUGCCAGUCCGCCAAUCCCACAAAAGAGCAAUGCCAGGUCUUUAGUACCCUGGACGAGGACACCGAGCUCGGGCAAGGCGGCAGGGAGUUGGCGAUGGGAGUUUGGCUGGCCAGCAGCAUCCUCCUCCUGAUCAUUGCCGUGGCUCUGCUUUGGGGAUGUCUCCACACCAUAUGUCCCGCAAAGAGAGACUCUGAAAGAGGCAACCAGCCGGGUUCAAACCCUUCUCAGCUUGCGCUGACCCCCUUGGGUGGAAUCAUGGGAAGCGAUGGAUGCAAAAGUCUGUAUGCGGCAAGCUGUAGCGAGGAGGACUCUCAAAACGCGAUGGUGAUUGAGAAUCCUUAUCGAAUAGAGCAGGGUAAAGGACCGUGCUGUGAACUUGGAAAACCUUAUUCUACACAGAGCUUUGGUCCUGAGUCAUAAUAAAUAGGGUCUCUAACGGUCAUUAAUGUACUGACCCCAAGAGUUCAAACUAUUAUAAUCCACGUAAUGAGGGCGAUCACUGAGAUGGAAACCGUUUUGAGAAAAUUUGAUUUUGAGAGUCUAAAUAAUUGUGGCGUGGAUGAUGAAGGCUGUUGAGGUCAAAUUAGCAUUUAAAUGUCAAAUGGACAAAAAUGUAAAACUUACUGAAGAAAAUUAAAGGAGGUUUCUCUUAAACUAUUAUUUAUUACUAAUAAUAACAACUAAUUAAAGAUUUAUAUUUGCACCUAAAGAAUUUAAUUGUAUCUUUAAAAUGAUUGCCCACCAUCAUGUUGAGAUCAAAUGAAUGGCCACAUCUUUGGAUUUCAACUUAAAGACGACUACGGUUGUCACGAUUAUAAAAUUAGGCUGAUGAUUAAUUGUCUAAUAAUUAAAUGCGAUUAUGGUGAUUAAUGGUCAAGUUUUAAAAAACACAAUCUGUGCGAUUUCUAGGACAAGACAUUUUGGGUUACUUUCAACUCAACUUGUUAUGACCCUUUUAUUUAUUUAACACAAAAUCAACAAAAAAUGAACAAAGUGUUUAGUAGGCUAACACAAACAUGUGUCCAUAACACAUUCAUUUUGAGAGUGUAAAAAACCGUCAUAAAUGUUUAUGCGCUUCAUUCAUUAUAUAAUUGCAAACUGUGAAUAUUUUAAUUCUUUGUAAAUUGUCACUUGCAGUAUAAGAUUAAUACACUUGUAUUAUAAAUAUAAAACCAUAUUAAUUUAGUCAGAAAUUCUGUAAAUACUAGAAACACUCAUUAUAAAGUAACUGUAACGUAAAAGGCUGUUUCGAGCAUACGUCCUGAGCACCGUCCAUGACUCCAACUGAGAUUUAAAAAUGUUCAAAAUGAUGUUCAAAACAGAAUUUGCGUCUAGAUGUCUGGAAUCACUUUACUCGAACUGAUCAACACAAAAAUACGAAACGAAUACAGCUCAAAUGAUGGAGAAAUGUCUUCUAAAGACAAAAAAUCCAGCAAAUUAAAAGCAUGAAAUUAAGUGGUGCAUCUUAAACUUUAUAUUUCAUGUACAUACUGUAUGUUACAACAAAUUGUUUCUUGAAAAGAAUAGUUCACCUGAAAAUGAUUUACAUUAUUUACACGCCCUCUUGUCAUUUCAAACCUGUAUGACUUUCUUUCUUCUGCAGAGCACAAAAGAAGAUCCU